CAAAUGAAAAGAAAACAGGAUUUUGUAUACAACGCGAACGAUGUACGGUCUUUAUCGAAUUAAAGGUUUCGAUAAGUAUCUUUCUUUACCGUGUACGUAAAAGUUUCUUUUUUUUUUUUUUUUUUUUUUUUUUUCAAGAACGAUAAACAUAGAAAAGAGAACGAUCUUUAUCGAUGAAAACUAAAUGUACUUCGAAGAGGAACAAACCGAUUCGUAUAGUUGACAUGAAUACACACAUGCGCAAGAUCAACGUCUGAGUGAAAUUUAUCGAAAUUGUUUCGUAGCGGUUCCUCGUUUAUAGACCUAUCGGUGUAUAGUUAAAGGAACAUCUACUCCAAACUAACGGUUCGAUGGCCAAGGAUUUCAUACAAAAAAGAAACCUCGUUGAAAAACCCGUUACUGGCGGACCACGGUUAAGAAUGGUGGUAUACCUUUGCCAAGCGUUAUCUGUUGACAGUGUCGAUCGCGUAAUUGUAACGCGAUAAGGAACAGCUAGUUCCUGUUUUGCCGCGAGAAAGAAAAGUCGGGUACGUUUGCCAUCUAUCUACUUCAUUUGUGAACAUACAAAUACAGACUCGCUAAGGAUCGAGAUUGUUGAAACCGGCUUUAUGAAUGACUACAGGAUGAGGAGUAACACUGUUAAAGGUGUAAAUUUCACAAUCGCGCAUUCCAGGAUGCCUACUGCGAUCUACUCUAAUCUUGGUCUCGUCGCGGACGAGUAACUGAUCAUGAAAACAACGAACAAACAAAAAUGUGGGUCAAGGUAACUGCGAAUGAGAUUCAUGUAAAUCGAACAUAACAGAUUUAUGCAUUCGUCAAAUGAAAACGAAAGUUUUAGAUAUGACUCACUCGAGUAUCUUUUUACAUUCCCAUUUCCUAGUAUUCGUAGAAAUAUUUCCUCAGCAACCGUAUAUCUGAUUUUUCAUCUUAAGGUUACCAGCUAAUCGCUGUAUCCUAAAAUUGGUUUCCUUAAGCCUUCGAGCCCGAAAGUGAUUUCACUUACUCCCUAUUCAAAUAUUUCGCAUAUUAAGAGGCCAAUUUGUGCAAUAGAAGAUAUUUUUAUACGUUGCAAGUGGCUCAAUAGGCGAUGGUAACAUGUUUCAGAGUUUCUUCCGUUUGAAAAAUUUUGUUCAAAACAUAAAUACAAGUAACAGUGCUCAGAAAACAAAAAGUGUAAGUAAUUCGCAUUAGUUUUGUUCCUACCACUCACUUGAUUUGCUCGUAUGGAAUGUACAAAGAAGUACUGGUGUCAUUUUGAAAUAUCUGAAGUAACUGAAGUCUGAAGAAACCUAUAUAUACCAAACUAUAUCAUGCAAGCCCUCUUUAUUCUCUUUAUUUGUACUCAAACAAUAUUACUACAGUUACCAGAGAUUAAUACAUUUAUAAGUCAUUUGUAGUAUGUAGUAAAAUAUUGCGCUUUGCUUCAACAGGUUACAUUCACGUCAAGUAUUCGUAACUUUCCUAAUCUACUUUUCAAUAUCUCACAUAACGCUUGUAAAAAAUGAAACAUUGAAUUAAUUUACUAAGAAUUUUCUAUCGGUAACAGCGACUAUCAUCAAGAUGGGCUAAAUCUAGAAAAAGUGACACGAUCAAUGUCCAGAGGAUUCACCUUGUUCGUGGCCCGUUACGAUUGCUAUGCGUAUUUAAGAAAUGUUGGCGUCCCGUCAAAUUGACUGACACCGAUCCAUCGAACAAAAGAUUCUUUCUUCAUCGACCAAAAGUACCGUUGUUUGAGGAAAUUGCAUAAUAGAGCCUGCAUCGGUUUGUUCUCAGCGGGUCGUCGGGUACCACCUUGGUUAAACUUCUUGCCAAGAAGUCGUCUAGCAACAUUGACCAAUGACCAUCGUCUGGUGACCAGAUUCUGAGGCCACGAAGAGUACCGUAAGAAUUAUUCACGUGUAGGUAAAACAGGGGGGGUAGUGUCCGGUCAACGCUCUUGCGCUCCUUGGUUAAUGUAUAUAAGAGAAGCGGUUUGAACCAUGUUCACGGCAGAUCAACGGUAGACAUGAUCGGCAAGAUAGUUCUGAUACUUUCGGCUUUGGCUCUGGCUCGAGCCCAGAUACCCAGUCUGGGUUUCUGUCCAGAUUACGUACCUAUGGCGAACUUUGACAUGUCUAAGUUUUUGGGUAUCUGGUACGAAGCCGAGAGAUACUUUCAACUGACAGAAGUAGUAUCGCGAUGCGUAAUGGCAAAUUACACGUUGGGUCCUGACGGCAAGUACCGAGUCAGCAACGAAGUUACAAAUAGAUUCACGGGGAUCAAGAGAGUGUUAGACGGUGAAAUCAAGAAAGCUGCCUCGAAAGCCGAAGAAGGAAAACUAAUCGUAAAAUACACGAUACCAUUGACUCCUGAAACCAAAUAUUCUGUACUCGAAACGGAUUACGAUUCUUACGCGGUUCUGUGGAGUUGUUCCGGUAUUGGCCCAUUCCAUACACAAAACGCCUGGGUUAUGACAAGAGAAAGAUUAGCACCGGGAACAGUCUUGCAGAAGGCUUACGCCGUCCUCGACAGCUACAAAAUUUCCAAAACGUUCUUCGUAAAGACGGACCAGCAAGACUGUGCUUACUUAGAUGCGCCAAAACCAUUGGAGGCAUCAGAGAUACAAAGCGAUCAAGCUCCUGUUGAAGCACCGCAGAAAGAUACGGAAAAUGUUAGAGCCGCUGUAGUGCCAGAUGCGCCGGAAGUGAUCGUCGAAAUGAACACGAAGGAGGACGAAAAGUUGACGAAAAAGCCUCAAACUGUUGAAAACGCGAAGAAGAAGGCGGUUAACACGGUUCCCGUUCGAAUCAUGGAAGUGGCUGACGCCGUGAAAGAAGAUAUACCGACGAAGAAUGCGAACAUAAAAGAGGAGAAAAGCAGCGAGCUUAUGAAAGAGGCAAUCGACGAAAAUAUGAAGCAAGUGGAAAAGAUCGCGUGAAGUUAACACUUGAAAAUGAAAUUUAUACUCGUCUCGUUCGAGACACUUCGCGUAGAUUAUUAUCGAUUAGUUCAGUUUCGGGCUUGUAGCGGUUUCGUUCUGUUGAAACCAGUCUCGCCUGAGUUUCAUGUUCAUUAUUCAUCCAUUUCCAAGGAUUAUCACUUUCAUGGUUCGUGGAGGGAUAGGAGGGUAUUUGUUUUAACUUGUGUACAAAUGUAAAAAAAAAAAGAACAAUAAAAGUUAAAUAAAUUGUUACAUAAAACGUUGCUAUGAAA